UGUCGGAAACCAUUUUGCUUGUUUAUCCGCCUACUUCUCUUGACAACCGCUCCCCUCAAGAUCCUCUGCUCUUAUUUUCAUUUCCCAAAUUCCACAAGUUCAAUUUCCAAUCCACAAACUUGAUUUCAAACCGCCUCCGCAUCUUGGGAAUUCCCAUCAUAAUUUAGAUAUCUCAUCGAAAUGGACAAUAUACCACCUAGGAUAUUAAUCCCCCAUGGAGAUUCCUUCAAGCCUCCACCAACAAGGAGGGGAAAAAAUGGCGAACGUCGCAGAGUCACUCAAGCAUGUGAUCAAUGUAGAACGUAAGUUUCCAGAACUCACUCCCCCUUUGUUGCACAUACACUCAUGUGGUGGCAUGAAUUUGUCGUAGCCUUGUUGACAAUUUCGCAGCGCAAAACAAAAGUGUUCUGGUAAUACACCUUGCGUGAAUUGUAUCACCGGUCAACGACCAUGCUCAUACGACCUUCCCUACACCCGAGGCCGCAGAGUCCAAAUACAACUGAAUCCAGCUGUGGAACAAAAUCUGAGAUAUUCUAGCUUCAACGAUGGACUCAUCUCUGUAAAUCCUGGCUCUUCUCAACAAGAGCAGAGAGAAAUACCACCAAUGAUUGGUCCAUAUGGCCGGGUUGUAAUUACUGCCCAAAUGAUGGCACCGUAUCAAGAGCAAUUCAACAAGAGCUCGAAUGCUACUUUCUUCCAUGGGACCCAGCAAAGACUUGAUAUGCCACGCAAAGAUUCUCAUGUUCCUGUCUUUGCAUUUGGUGAUUUACCAAUGGUGGUCGGCCGAGCUGGAAUGGUUGCUCUACCAAAUAAAGAGGUUGGUGCUAUACUAGUUGCAACUUAUUUUGAAAAGGUUUCUCCUAGCUUGCUCUUCCUUCACAGACCGAGUGUCGAAAGCUGGACAAUGGAUGUACUAUCCGAUGAUGGCUAUAUUUUGCACAAAAAUGAGCUCAAAAGCAGGAAUGCGGCAGUUUUUUUGAUAUUUGCUUCAGCUCAGGCUUACAACGCAGUCCCAGAACCAACAGAUACAAGGUUAGCGGACCAACUCCUUUCUGUUCUUUUGCUAAUAUUUCUAUCACCAACAGUAUGCACCACUUUCACUUGGCGGACGAGCAAUUACAAUCCGAAACUGGUCCACCUCAGCUAGUUAGUAUUCAAGCUCGACUCCUACAAUGCUACUAUCUUCUAGCCAAAGGCAGAAUCAAUCAAUGCUGGAGCACUUUUGGCACCGUCGUCAGCUUAAUAUUCGCACUUGGAAUACAGAGAAAGCAUAGCCAUAAAGAUGUGGUCAGUCUGAUUGAUAUUGAGUGUCAAAAGCGAGUCUUUUGGGCAGCUUUUAUCCUGGACAAAUAUUUGAGUUAUGCCUUGCAUAGACCACAGCUUAUUGAGCUGGGAAAUACUGAUCAGGUAAGCUAUACCUUUCUGCCAGCAAGCAUGCGAAUUUUUCGCAUACUCUUAGUUAUGCAAACCUGUAUAUUGUUUAUUUAUGUUGCUCGUUCCUUCCUUAGAACAAGAAGUGUCUGCAAUUAGACUAGGAAAAGGACGAAACAAUCUGCUUAGUCGACAAUUAGUCAUCAACUUCACUGUGGUCUUCGGGACCUUUGUUCCCUCGACCGGUGUCGAAGACAAGAUGGAAGCAUGAUAAACUUGUUCAAAUGUAAAACGUCACUAACAAGCUGAUUAGGAUGUGCCAAAGCUCAUCAAGGAAAAACAAUCUACACCUUCCAUUCUCAUACCUGCUUCUCAAGAUACUCUGUCCAAAAACUUUGCAUCCAAUCUCCAAAUCGAGUAAUUUAUUCUUCCUUCUGUUGACUUGACUUGAGUGUGAUUGCUAACUAAAACAAAUAGGCUUGCAAUCAUUAUUAGCAAAAUCUUAAAGAAUAUUUAUGGAAUUCGGAAACCAGACAUCAAGAGGCAUUUAGAAUUGGCCAGGGCUUAUAAGAAUGAUAAACUCAAGGCCUGGAAGAAUAAAGCCGCUCUUUUGAUCGAUGCCGACCCCCACACUUUGUCCGAGAUUUACAAGCGUCAAAGAACGGAGCUCUUACUGGCAUAUAACCAUGCUCACCUUCUUUUGCUUCGCGAUUUCAUUCUCGACGCGGCAACCAAUGAUGAAGAUCUCAUGGAUGAAAUCGAUGGAAUGAUAAGUGAUCUUGUGGAUGCUUGUAAGAAUAUUUGUCAAAUAAUCGAGCCGCUUUCAGAAUACUGGACCCGAAGUGGGAGUAUACAGGAAACUCAGCCCCAUGGAUUAGUUCCAUCAUUCCCAUUCCGAAGUGCUUGGGUAAGUCUCGUUUCUCUAUUCCUUUCUUUCUUCCCUUUCCUUAAGCUAGACACACACAACUAACCUCUAUAUAAAAACCAGUUCACACAAUACGUCAUUUACUCUGCCGCCGUAGUCACCUACAUCAUGAGUCAACAAGACCCAGAAUCAUCAACCAAAUCCAGCAGCAUGGUCCUAAAGAAAUCUCGGCUCCUCCACGAAGCUCUCAGAACCAUUGCACAACCCGGUACAUUUAUCGCUGAAUGUGUUUCAGUCUUGGACGAACUAAAAUAUGCGACCAUUGCGGCUAUUGAGCAUCAUUUAUCUAUGAAAUACAAGGCAAAGAUUGCACAAAACGGGGAGAAUGGUAAAGGUGGUGAGGAUGAGGAUAUGGGUGUUGAUGUUAAUGUUAGGAAUGAUGGUCGUAGUGUUUGUUUAGGUGGUGGUCCGAAUGGAUAUGAGAGAGAGGACACGGAAAUGAGUAUGGGAAUGGGUAUGAAUAUGGAUAUGCGCAGAGAUGGAGGUGAUGGGUAUGAUGGGAGAAUUCCGAUCAUGAAACGUAUCAAAGACUGGGGAUUUUCAAGACUCACGGGCUAUCAUAUUCGAGAUUGAUAGAUGUUGCAUGGGAUGAUUGGGAUUUGUGAUGGCAGGUCCAUAUUUUUUGUCUUGGUUGCGGGUUUGACAUCCACUUCGACUUGAUACAAUACCGAUCAUAUAUCUCACUCUGAACUUUCCAUAUCUAUUUCAAGGUUGAGUUGGGUUGGGUUGGGAGGGAGUUUUAACAGUGCUGGCAUUACAUGAGGGUAUCUGCAUCUGCAUAAGCGUCAUUUCUUCGGUUUUGUUUUUCGGACCAUACUACUUUGAUUCUUUUAGUGGACAGACAAGCAGGCGCAGAAGGAGCAUAGGUAUUCACAAACACUGGUAAAUGGCUAAGAGAUACCCAUUAUUGUAUUACUUCACGAUGCGUUAUGAUAUGAAUCAACGACUUGCAGGACAUUUUAGAUAGGUGUUU